UUUCAAUCAAUCUUUUUAUUAUAUUCCAUCAAUAAAAGUAAAGAGAAUUUGGAUUGGGGGGUGGGGGAUCCCCGAUGCAAGCAAGCAAGCAAUUAAAGUAGUGGAGCGGCGGAGCCCCUCCCUUCCUCAAACGACGAUAAAGCAAAAGCCGCUCUGUCUCUUUCUGCCGCCUUGUCGGCAUAAACUUUAGCUGCCAUUCUGGACGUCUCCUCACUCUUCUCUUCCUCCGCUCACUCUCUAUCCCCUAUAUGCUCACUCCUCCUCCACGCUUCCCUACAAUCUAAGCUAUUAGCCCUUGCAGGAAGAAGCUUUCAACCCCCAGCUCCGUCAAAUCCCAUUUAUCACCUCAGGCCUCAGCUGGUUCUUUUAUGUAGAAAUACAGGAGGGGGAAUUGAGGCUCUCUUCUUUGCUCCAUACUAGACUAGACUAGACUAGAUUACACCGCAGGUGUGAAUUUAUGUUUGAUUCAUUCACAGUGAGAUAUUCAUUUCCGUUGCCGUUCACAGAUCUGGAUUCAAUUGGGCCUACAAGCUAAUCAAUAGUGCGGACGCUUGUUUUAAUUCCUUCUGUCUGCGUGAGAAUGCCUUUUUUUGCUCGUUUGUUGCUUGCUUGCUUGCUUUUAGGCUUAUUAUUGUUAUUAUCUAGCCAGCGUUCCCUUGGAGUGGCUGCUGCAUGUCUACUGCUCUUUGGUCUAUGAGUUGUUCUCUUUGCACUUACGGAUUUGAUUGAUAUUGUGUGGGUUUCAUCCCAUUUUGUGGAGAGGCUUCUAGAGAAUAUAAUUUAAGAAUGAAACUCUCUGGUUAUUGAUGAAAUACUUCGGUAACUAUACAAGUCGUGAUAGAAAGCAAAGCUGCGCAUGAGUAGGGAUCUGCUGAUGCGUAUUGCUUCUCUAUGUGUUGGACAAUAUGAAUAACGAUAUUCUGAUUAAUGAAUUGUUUUUACAGCAUAUAUUUUUUUUUUAAAAAAUGUAAAGAUGUUCUUGUUUUCUGGAUUAUUAUAAUGCGUAUUUGACCAUUAAAAUGGGAAAAUAUUCAUUUUCCUUCUCCUUUUAUUGCUUUCUGUUUUUAUCCAUUUUUAAAGAAUGCAAGUACUCAGCUAGUAAAAUAGCUUUUAGAGAAUUCCUUCUCCUAUUAGGCUUCUUCCUUGAGUAGGGAGUAUUGUAAAAUACUUGAUUGCUAAAGCAUGUUACUUGCUAUUUACUUUUACUUUUAGGGCUUUUGAUUUGGGGGAGGGGGAGUGGGAUUGAUUUCCGUCUUGCUAGUGUAUGUUAGUCCUAUAGUAGAAGAUAACUAUAUGUUCAUGUAUUUAUAAAUAAUAUGUCAUCUUCUAGUUUUCCAUCAUUUGCAAUGGAGCCAAAGAUUCAUUAUUUUUUGGCUUGAGAUUAUGAUGGAAUAAAGAAAAAUGGCUCACUAAACUGUCUGCCCUUCUUUGUUAUGAAGCAUCAGUCAAUCCAUGCAAUUUUGGACAGGAUUUUCAGUACAGGGGUAAGACUGCGUACAUACGAUCCCCCCUUACUCCACCUUCCACCGUAGGUGGGAGCCUUUGCGGCACUGGGGUAAAUGAAAAUGAAAUGAAAAUGAAUGUCAUCUUCAAAUUUAGAAGGGGAGCCUUGACGCACCCGUUAAGGUGUUGGUGUGUAACCUGAGAGCUGAGACGUGUUCUUUUCAUGAUAUAUAAUUGUAAAAAAUGCAAAGGGGUCCAGAAUCAAAACUACUUUCAAGACAAUUGCCAUCAGAGGCUAAAUUGAUGAAUAUGUUCCCAAUUCCUGAAUCUAAACCGCUUCCAAGACAGAUACCAUUAGAGGCUAAGGUGGUUCCUCUUCCCACUCAGUUACCUACCGAGGCCAAAGUGACCAAACCCAACUUACGGGGAUUUCAAGAUCUUCACUUAAGCGGACCUCUGCAAACAUGGAAAGGGGUUGUUUAUUGUCAAGAAGAAGAAGAAGAUGAUGUUACCCUGGAUGUUGGUUCAUCAUUCAAGAGCAGUGCCGAUUCAUACGAGGAUAGCAAUUCUUCAUCCUUCCGUGGGGCCACCCAUCCAGCUGAACCCGUUGACACAAACCUGAUGAGACCAGUGUACGUACCGAUUAGCCAGAGCCCAUCUAGGAAGGACACAUUCUUUAAUGUAAAACGAGGCCAAUCUCUUCUUGAAGAACCCAACGAUCAGGCAAGAGUCUCUUCUCUUUUCGCUGUCCCGAGACCAUCACAAAACACAGAAGCCAGCCUGGCACAAGAUUCUGAAGACAGAGAAUGUGUUUGGGAUGCUUCUCUCCCUCCAAGUGGGAACGUGAGCCCACUCAGUAGCUGCACUAUGAGCAUUGUUAAUAGCUGCACAAGCACAUAUAAGAGUGACGGGAUGAUGAGCGAUGGCAUGCUGAGUAUAGACAGAAACUUUGAUUCACUUGAGAGUGUCCAAACGAGCAUUAGCAGGGCGAGUAAUAGCAGUGAUCUAAGUGAUGAAAGUAACUGGAGCAAUGUCACUGGAACAGCCAACAAGCCUCACAAAGGGAACGAUCCGAGAUGGAAUGCUAUUCUUGCCGUUAGGGCACGGGAUGGUAUGUUGGGGAUGAGUCACUUUAAGUUACAUAGGAGGCUGGGAUGUGGGGACAUCGGAAGCGUUUAUCUUUCCGAGCUGUGUGGGACCUUCUGUUCUUUCGCUAUGAAGGUGAUGGAUAAGGCGUCACUUGCGAGCAGGAAGAAGUUGAGCCGUGCUCAGACAGAGAGGGAGAUACUGCAACUGUUGGAUCACCCGUUCUUGCCAACUUUGUACACUCACUUUGAAACGGACCGGUUUUAUUGUUUGGUGAUGGAAUAUUGUCCUGGGGGAGAUCUUCAUAAUUUACGGCAACGCCAACCUGGAAAACAUUUCUCUGAGUAUGCUGCCAGAUUUUAUGCUGCAGAGGUUUUAUUGGCACUUGAGUACCUUCACAUGCUUGGAGUUGUGUACAGAGACUUGAAACCAGAGAACGUUUUGGUCCGAGAAGAUGGCCACAUCAUGCUUUCAGAUUUUGAUCUUUCCCUAAGAUGUGCCGUUUCACCAACACUUGUAAAAACCUAUUCUGAUCCAUCCAAGCAAGGGUCUUCGUUCUGUGUUCAGCCCUCCUGCAUUGAACCCACCUCUGUCUGCAUUCAACCUGCAUGCUUCCUCCCGCGGAUCUUUCCUCAGAAAAGCAAGAGACGAUCCCACAAACCCCGAUCUGAUUUCGGGCUACCGUGCAGCAAGGCACUACCUGAGCUAGUCGCGGAACCCACUUCGGUGAGGUCAAUGUCAUUCGUUGGGACCCACGAGUAUUUAGCUCCCGAAAUCAUUAAGGGAGAAGGCCACGGAAGUGCUGUUGAUUGGUGGACGUUUGGAAUAUUCUUGCAUGAGUUACUUUACGGGAAAACCCCAUUUAAAGGUUCAGGAAAUCGGGCAACGCUUUUCAAUGUGGUCGGGCAGCAGCUGAAAUUUCCAGAUUCACCCGCAACCAGUUAUGCUGGUCGUGAUCUGAUCCGUGGGUUACUGGUUAAAGAGCCGCAGAAUCGGUUAGGGGUUAAGAGAGGGGCAACAGAGAUAAAGCAACAUCCUUUCUUUGAAGGGGUUAACUGGGCUUUGAUCCGUUGUAGCACACCGCCCGAGAUACCUAAACCCGUCGAAGCUGAGCUGCCCGUGUUAAAAGUAGGGCAACAAAUUGAUCUUGUUGGCAUCGGGAAUAGCGGUAAAGGGAUAGUAGGAGGAGGAGGAGGUGGUGGUGGAGACAUGAAGCCUGAUGGUAAAUUUCUUGACUUCGAGUUCUUUUAGUAUAGGAUUGGUUUUUUUGUGACCACUUAUCCAUAUGGGUUCCUAGUCCUGCUAUUAGAGCAAAUUUCAUGACUUUGACUCAUUGUUCGUUGUUCAGCUGUUUGGAUAUGAGUAAGCUCCUUUUUUGUGAUGAGUUGAGGACAUAAUUAUGCUGAUGAAGAAUUGUAUGCUGAUCAAUGUUAUGAUUAGGCAAGCUAUAUUAAUACAACCAGUACUGGUAGUAAAUGAAAAGACUUGUAUUUAAGUUUAACUUUAAAGUAUCUAAAAUGCUAAGGUAAUGCUUUGUGUAGAUGGUCUUCUAGACACCAUGUUCACAUUUCACAAGUUUUUUUUGUUCUUAGACAUACAAAGUAUAUGUUCUUUGCACGGGCAAGUUUGUGUGGUGAAAGUGGUGGAAUGCACUGUGUGACAUAAAGUAUUCUCAAGGAGAAGUGGCAUUUUUGAUCCCUCUGUUGCCGCCCAUAAUUUAGUGCAC